AUGAUGGAGAAAACAAUUGAGUUCCUCGAGAACAUGGAUUUAAAUCCAAAGUUCAAAGAGGAGAAGAAGGGAAGUAGGAAUCCUCUGGCAGGUAUUAUAAUGAUUAUCUACUUCCCGCUGCUCAUUUUAUACUUGUACUAUACUAUUCAACCGCAAUACGGAUCGCUGCCAUCGUGCUGUGCGUGCGCAUCCAUCUAUACACCCGUCGAUUCCUGGGUGUUCCAAGCUGCCAACCAGACUUGUUCGAACGAUCCAACCUGUAGAGCAUUCGUACAGUCUCAAUUAGCAAUCAAUUGUGAUGCUGCACUACAAUAUCGACCAAUUCCAGAUUAUAAUUUAUCAGUUAAUAUUGCACAGAUCGGAUGUGUCGGAUUGAAACCUGGUGAUACAUGUGAUCAUAGUUGUUUGGAUGUUUCCAAUAGAUGGAUUAACAACUUGGACUAUACCUAUCAAGACAAUCAAGAUCAAGCCAAGAUUCGUUGUCCUCUUCGUGUUGGAGCAUGUGACUUCAAAGCUGUAUAUACCGAUGAAGAGACUACACCUCAUGCAGUUUGUAGAUAUCCAGAGAUGAGUGGUAUACUGACAAGAGUUGGUGCUGGACUUGGUUUGUUGAAUGGAAUGCUUAUCACACUCAGAUUGAUGCUCAGAACCUGUUGGAAUAGAAUAGGAACAAAAGGAGAUGCACCUGGAACUAUCAACGACUAUUGGAAAGGUUUGGCAAUUGGUUUGGUAUUCAACUACUUUGGUGUUAUGUACCUAACAAUGGCACAUGGUAUAAACAAAAGAUUUAGAUAUGGUGGUCAAUUAGCAAUUGGUUUUUUAAUUAUAUUUUUAAAGUCACCAUUUGUAGUUUAUUUAAUUGUAAUAUUUUCACAAUAUUGGACACCGAUGUGUAUUCUCUUGUUGUUGGGAUGUGGUGGUGUAUCGAUAUUGAUAAGGACAACCUAUAAUCUGUUGAAUUUGGAAAUCUAUUCGAGAAAUUGUGUUGUCAUCUCUCAGGAUGUCGAGGAGUACGACUACGAAGAACAGAACAUACAGUAUAUCCCGCCCGAUAGAAUUAAACCAGUGAUAUAUUCAAAGUGGCGACAUUUCUUCUUGGGUUUCGUUUUGAAUAUAUUCGCACUCUACCCACUGAUGAAACAUAAUAUCAAGCGAUACAGUGCCAACAAUGGCACCGACAGUGGAAGUGGCAGUGGCAGCACUGACAGUCAAGUUGGAGCCAGCAGUACGAGUAGCGAUAAUAACAAUGAAUUUCAAUCGUCGAAUCGCAUACUUUAUCGUACCUCAUUGUUACAAUCGGCUUAUUUCGCGGUUUGUUGGUCGCUCUCCAUGGUUAUUUGUUUCCACUUUGCGCUGUUUAUAAAGUAUCUACCCGAGAGGAGAUCGAUUUUACCGUCAUUCUUGAAGCGUCCACAGGGCACAAGAAUCGACUAUCGUAUGGGAUUUGUAGCAAGUGUCAUCCCAUUGGCAUUCACUUAUUUCUGUUUCUUCUACUUUGAGUUCACACCGUAUGUCAGCCAUAACCUGCCAAAGACGCCAAGUGAAUGUUCGUUCCCGGGUUGGACACUGGUCAUACCCGGUUCCGGUAUUAUUCCCUCGCUUGCAUUCUUUUUGUUUGGCUAUACCGAACGCUUCAAAUAUGGAUCGCUCUCUGCCAUUGGUACUUCACUGAUUCUCUUUUGUCUUGGAACGUCGGUACUUCUCUUCAACUAUUGUCUGGGUCCAAACCAGGACUACUACUAUCCAUGGUCUUGGCUGGUCGGUUUGGUUGGUACAUUCAUUUUGAUCUACGGCGCAAUUAGACCCAAUCAAAUAUAUAUACUCGACAAAAAGAAUCAUCACCAAGACGAUUUCCACGAAGAAGAAAGACUUUUAAAAAAUAAAUCAUUCAAAGAUUAA